ACCACCAGGCACGACCAAAUUGGAAUUACUUAGUAAAACUACAAUCAACUCUACAACUUGUCGUUUUGAGUAUAAUUUGACGGGACCUCCUCAAAUGAGUCUAUUUUUCGAAGCUUUUGAAGAUGCCACAAUAACAAAUUGGUCAUUUUUGGAAAGUUAUUUGAAUAACCCUCCAGCACACCCAUUAGCAUAUCACAUAUUCUUUAACUACGGAAUUGACAGUUCACCACUAAACUUCUUCCUAGAAAUUUCGAAACUUAAUGGAAACUUUGACGUACCAGUACUUCAACUUGGAGUUUCAGGACAUUAUAUAGGGGAUGUCGUUGAUGAGGAAACUGCAGACUUUCGAUUCAAGUUCCCCGCCUUUGCCAUUCAAGCUGACUGGCCAGCAUCAUAUGAAAGAUAUAAAUUUUAAACUUUCAAAAGAAAAAAAAAAACGCCUCUAAAAGACAAAUGUUAAAUGUAAUGCUUUAAAUCACCAAAAUAAACACAGUUUUAAAUAUUUAUUGGUACUUUC